AUGGAUCCUCUACAACAUGUUGUUCAAUUCCUAAUGUCACCUCAGACCAAGGCGUGGCUAAAGCAACAAUUGGUGAUUCCUUUAUUGCAAUACGAGGCAAGAGUUGCAGAACUAAAAGUUUGUGUUCAAAGUCUCAAAAAGGUGAGAGAUGUAGUUCAACAUAAAGUUGAGGAGGAAGAAAACCGAUAUGGAAGAAGAUUUGCAGAAGAAGUUAAAGAAUGGAUAGAAGGGGUGGAUAAAAUAAUUUCUGAAUAUGAAGAUUUUGAUGGGGACGAAUGCAAUAAACAUGCAGUGUUUGACUUCUUUACAAGUGGUUUCCUUCCUAAGCCCGGGAUAAGGUAUCACCUAAGCAAAAAAGCAUUUAAUAUUACAAGGAAGGUUAAUGCACUAGAGCAAAAAGCAAAGCAUGAUGCAGUUUCUUAUUGGCUUGGUCCACCCUCCAUGGUUGCCUUUUUUACUAAUGUUGGUUAUGAAAGCUUUCCCUCAAGAGAUGAAACUGUGAACAAGAUUAAUGCAGCAUUGGAAGACCCAAAUGUUAGAAUGAUUGGACUUCAUGGGUUGAGUGGUGUGGGCAAGACCAGUUUAGUCAAAAGAGUUGCUAAGGAAGCCUUGAAAGCUAAGAUGUUCGAUGUAGUCACCAUGUCAAGCAUAACAAGGAAUGCUGACAUAAGAAAAAUCCAAGGAGAAAUUGCUGAUAUGCUGGGGAUGAAAUUGGAUGAGGAAAGUGAUAUUGCAAGAGCUGCUCGUAUACAAAAGAGAUUAAAGAAUGAUAAAGAAAGCACCCUCGUAAUCCUUGAUGAUCUUUGGGCAGAAAUUGACUUCAAUAUGCUAGGGAUUCCAUGCGAUGAUGAUGAAAGGAAAUCCCCUGGGGCUCACAGUAUUACUGAAACGGAAAAAUCCCAUGCAGCUCAAAGUAAGGAGAAAACAGAACCUGAAACGGAAAAAUCUCGUACGGCUCAAAGUAAGGAGAAAACAGAACUUGGUGCUGCCAAUAUGAUGAAGUCAAAAAAACACCCAAGUGAAUCCAAUGCGAUGAAAACAGAAGAAACUCUUAGUCGUUACAAAGUUUUGAUGAUUUCUGAAAGUAAACAAGUGUUAUUAAGUCAGAUGGAAGGCAAAGGAAACUCUAUCUUCUCUGUGGAAGUCUUAAAGGAUAAGGAAGCAGAGACGUUGUUUAAGAAAAAGGCUGCAAUAGGUGAUACAAAUUCGGAUUUGGAAAUAUUAGCAGCUCAAAUUGCCAAGAAAUGUAAUGGACUGCCAAUAUCAAUUGUAACAACUGCAAGGGCAUUAAAAAAUCAAAGCCGCUUGGUAUGGGAGAACAUUAACCGAGAGCUUGAAGGGAAAAAUUUAAUGGGAGCACCUGAGUUCUCUACAAAGUUGAGUUAUGAUCUUUUAGAAAACGAGGAGCUCAAGUAUACUUUCUUACUAUGUGCUCGCAUGGGUCAUGAUGCAUUGAUUAUGGACUUGGUGAGAUCCUACAUUGGUUUGGGUUUUCGUCAAGGAAUCUCCACAGUAAGGGAAGCCAGAUGUAAAGUAUAUGCAUUGGUGGGAAAGCUAAAAGAGUCUGGUUUGUUGUCUGAAAGUUAUUCAAAUGAUCAUUUCACGAUGCAAGAUAUUGUUCGCAGUGCGGCUUUGUCAAUAGCAUUGGAGGAGAAGCAUGUAUUUACAGUGACAAAGGGAAAAAUAGAUGAAUGGCCUGAUGAGGAUAAACUUAAAAGGUACGCUGGUAUUUCCUUACAACAUUGUGAUAUCAUUGGCGGGUUUCCUAGAAUGAUAAAUUGCCCACAACUUAGAUUCUUCCAUGUUGAUAAUAGUUAUCCACGUCUGACAUUACCAGACAACUUUUUCAAAAAAAUGAAAGAGCUCAAAGUAUUGAUAUUGACUGGCUUUGAUCUAUCACCCUUACCUUCAUCAGUUACAUGCCUAACAAAGCUCAGAAUGCUUUGUUUGGAGGAAUGCACGCUGGGUGAGAAAUUAUCCAAUAUAGGUGAAUUGAAAAACUUAAGAAUUCUUAGUUUUUCAAGAUCUGAUAUUGAAAAAUUGCCUGUUGAAUUGAAAGAGUUGACAAAGCUUCAAAUUCUUGACAUCAGUAAUUGCUCCAAACUUCAAAAAAUUCCAUCCAAUGUAAUAAACAGUUUGAUUAGUUUAGAAGAACUGUAUAUUGGAAACACAUUGAUUCAAUGGAGCAUUGAAGGACAAACAAAUCAAAGUGAACGUGCUAGUCUUUCUGAGUUGAGGCAUCUGAAUCUGUUGACAACUGUGGACUUAAAAAUCCCAAAUGUUGACCAUUUUCCAAACAACUUGUUCUUUGACAAGUUAUAUAGUUACAAGAUUAUUAUUGGAGAUUUGAAGGCAUACUUAAAGACAGAUUUCAAGGUGCCACAGAAGUAUGAAACAUCAAGAUUUUUGGCAAUACAAUUAAAUGAUAGCUUUGACAUUCAUUCUCUAAUGGGUAUCAAAAUGUUGUUUAACAAAGUUGAGAUUUUGUUGUUAGAAGACCUCAAUGGUGUUCAAGAUAUUUUUUAUAGUUUGAAUUUGAAAGGAUUUCUAUAUCUAAAACAUUUGUGCAUUGUAAGCAAUUCCCACAUUCAAUCUCUCAUCAACCCAACACACACAGAGCAACCUGAGGAGGCUUUUCUUAAAUUGGAGUCGUUGUAUCUCUAUGAUCUCAAGAAGUUGGAUACAAUAUGCUCAUGUAAACUUUCAGCAUUCUCAUUUGGCAAAUUGAAAGCCGUCAAGAUCUAUCAAUGCGGUCAAUUGAAGUGCAUUUUCAACAUUUCUAUGGUUAGACAUCUAACAGUUCUUGAAACAAUUGAAGUUUCUGAAUGUAACACUCUGAAGGAGAUUGUGAAGAUUGUCCCUGUGGAAACACGAAGUAACACUGAGCAUCUUGAGUUUCUUGAAUUACGUACUUUGUCACUACAAUCUUUACCUCAAAUUACUGGAUUCUGUCCCAUUUCAUCAACGGGAGGGGAAAUGAGAAAACUAUUCCACGAAAAGGUUAUAGUUCCCAAAUUAGAGAGAAUGGAGUUGUCCUUGAUCCACAUCGACAUAAUAUGGAGUGACCAACCUUCAUUAUGUUCUAGUUUUCAAAAUUUGAUUCACUUGGAUGUCAAUGAAUGUUGGGAUUUAAAAUAUUUAUUAUCAUUUUCAAUGGCCAAGACUCUGGUGAAUCUUCAAAGCCUUUCCGUAAGCGAAUGUGAAAACAUGGAACACAUCUUUCGCCAAGAGCAUGGUAGUCAUACUGAAACAAAGGGUAGCAUCUUUCCAAAUUUGAAGAAAAUCAAACUAAGUAGCAUGAAACGUCUUCAUGAGAUAUGGAAUUAUGAACUCCCUUCAGAUUCCUUUGGUAAACUGGAUACUCUGAUCAUUGAGAAGUGCGAUAAAUUUGUCAAUGUUUUUCCUUGUUACAUGAAGGGAAUAUUUCGGAGUCUAUGCAACUUGAGUGUUACUAAUUGCCGGUCAAUGAAAGAGAUAUUUGACCUAAAUGAUUUAAAUGGAGAUGCUAGCGAUGUAGCCAACUUGCAAGAUGUUCAUUUAGAAGGACUCCCAAAAUUGAAGCAUGUAUGGAAAAAGAACGAAGACUGGGAAGUUAUUCUUAACUUGAAAAAGCUGCAAAAGAUAUGGGUUCAUGAUUGUGGCAUCUUGGAAUAUAUAUUUCCAAUUUAUGAAGCCAAGUGUCUUCCCAAUCUUGAAUACCUUGUGAUAUGGGAUUGCUCUGAUUUGAGGGAAAUUGUUGCCAGGGGAAAAGGUACCAACACCGACUCAAGCAAUUCUAAUCCAUCAUUUGAGUUUCCUAAUAUGAUCACCAUCAAAUUUUCGAAGCUACCAAACCUUGAGAGUUUCUAUCCAAGACCAUAUAAAUUAAGUUGUCCAAAAUUGAACGACUUGUGUGUUGAACUUUGUGACAAGCUGGAACCAUUCAGAAAAGAAACCGCAGAUGCGGAAGGAAAGUUUGUGCUCUUUCCUAAAGAGGUAAUCAAUCAGUUGAAGUCCUUGCAAAUUGAGUCGUGGCAUGUAAAGUUGUCAAGCAGCUACAUGGGGGAAGGGAACUAUCGAAGGAACAAAUUACAAGAGCUUCGCUUGUCUAAAUUAUAUAAUACAGAGGUUCUAUAUUCUUUCCUUCAUAGCAAUCCUAAUCUGAAAAGCCUAUCAUUGAUUCAUUGCUUCUUUAAAGAGAUGGUUCCUCUCAGAAGGCCUCCUGAAAUUCAAAAAUUGGGGGUUGUUCCAGAGCUAAAAAGCUUGAAGUUAAUAGACUUGCCUAAGCUUGAGAAGAUAGGCUUUGAACGAGACAUACUUCUUCAAAGGAUAGAGUUCUUCAUUUUAGAAAGCUGUCCUUGUUUGGUCUCUAUAGUGCCUUCCUCUGUGUCUCUUACUUACUUGACAGAUCUGGAAGUGGUUAAUUGUAAUGGAUUAGAAAAUUUAAUGCCACCAUCGACUGCAAAAAGCUUGAUUCAUCUUAGAACAAUGAAGGUAAUCAAAUGUGAAUCUCUGAAGGAAAUUGUGUCAGUGCAAGGAAAUGAAGACAAAGUUGACAUUGUUUUCAAACAAUUAAAAAGUCUAGAACUUGUGUCACUGAAGAAACUCAAAAGUUUCUGCAGCUCAAAGAAUUGUGUCUUCGAGUUCCCAUCAUUGGAGAAAUUAGUAAAAUUUUUUGAAGGCAUGGACGAGAUGAGUCUUUCUGAACAUCAUGAGCUAGAACAACCUGGGAUGGUGGAAUUAAAAGAAUUGGAAGUAGAGCAUUGUGACGAAGUAAAGGCAAUUUUUGAUAUGAACGACAUUGACACUGAGAUUAUAGGAACGACAUUCCAGUUGAAGAAGUUGACUUUAAAAUGGCUAAAUGAGCUGACACAUGUGUGGGAAAAGAAUGGUCAAGGAAUUCUCAUAUUUCAAAAUCUGCAAGAAGUCUUUGUUCAUUGUUGUGAAAAAUUGGAAACUCUGUUUCCUGCCGCCCUGGCCAAAAAUCUUAAGAAACUUGAGCAACUUACAGUACAAUUUUGUAAUGAGUUGAAAGAAAUUGUUGGAAAGAAAGAAGCAGCAGCAGCAGCACAAGUAAGAGAAAAGUUUGUGUUCCCUUGUCUAACCUCGCUCAGUCUUUAUGAUUUGCCACAACUCGCUCACUUUUGCCCUGAAACAAUCCCUUUGGAAUGCCCCGCUUUAAAUUAUUUAUUUGUGGUGGAUUGCAAGCUGGUGCUAUUUCAAAGAGCACAUCAAUGGGCCAUUUCCAACCUGGAGGUCUUGGUGCUCCAGUGGAAACACACUUCUGAGUUAAGGUCAAUGUUCGGACAGUUUACGGUAGAACUCAAUUCCUUAAAAAAUCUUGUGCUGUUUUCUGAUGUGUAUAAUAAUAAGGAGCCUAUUAUGCCCUUUGGAAUACUCGAGAAGGCACCCAAUUUAGAAGAAAUGACUACAUCUGUGCUCCCACAAAUGCCCGAAAUUGGUAAACAAGGGAUGCCCGGACACUUGAAGGUAUUGACACUGAACAUAGUUAAGGAGCUCAAGUCCAUCGGGUCAGAGGACUCAUCAUGGUUAAACACACUCUGUGAGAAGCUAUACAAAUUAUACGUUAUCGACUGUCGUGAGUUGAAAACAUUAGUACAUUCUCAUUCUGAUGUAUCUUUCUCCAAUCUAAAGGAAUUGAGUGUAUCGGGAUGUUAUAAAUUGGAGUACUUGUUCACAUCCUCAACAGUAAAAGUAUUAAAGAACCUUGAGAAGAUUGAAGUCGAGGAUUGUAAAUCAAUGAAAGAAAUAGUGAAAAAAGAGCAAGAUGAAACAACUUCGGAAGGGAUCAAAUUUGAGCGGCUCAGCUGGAUAAUUUUAAAAAAAUUAUAUGAGCUGAAAUAUUUUUAUUCAGGCAACGAAACUUUGGAAUUACCGUCUCUGAUACAAGUGGACAUACUGAAUUGUUCUAAGAUGGAAAUUUUUUCCCAAGGAUCAGUAGAUGCGAGUUCUUUUAGAGGAAUUCAAGGUUCCGCCGACUCAAAUGAUGAUUUGAUCUUCCAUGAAGAUGUUAAAGCCUCGGUGAAAAAAUUGCUCCGUCUACAACAGCUUACCAGGCAACGUAUACAGUUCGGGGAUCAUCCAAUAUUGGAAGAGAUAUGGCUUAAGCGAGAGCCAGUCCCAGUCCCAAGCUGGUGUUUCUUCAACUUAACUUGUUUAGUUGUGGUUAGGUGUGAUUUUUUAUCAGAUGCCAUACUACCUUCUCAUUUACUUCCUUUCCUAAGUAACUUGGAAGAAUUGCAAGUGCAAAAUUGUAAUUUGGUUACGGCAAUAUUUGAUGAUAAGAUUUAUAUGGGAAGUGCUUCUGAUCCCUUCUCCAUUCGAUUGAAGAAACUUAUUUUGGACCAGUUGCCAAGUCUAAAACACAUUUGGUGUAAGGAUUCUCAAGGAAGACUCCGCCUUCCAUUUCUAGAAGAAGUUUAUGUUGAUGGAUGUGAAAGUAUAAAAAGUUUGUUCCCAGCAUCAGUAGCCAAAGAUGGACUACAAGAACUUCAUGUGAAAAACUGUGAAGGGUUAGAGGAAAUUUUUGCAAAGGAUGAAGCAACCAAAGAAGAAGAAAACAAAGAAUCUAUUAUAUUGCCCAACAUAACUUCAUUGAGGCUGCGGAAUUUGCCAAAGCUGGGGUGCAUUUAUCCUGGAGUGCACAUUGAAGAAUGGCCUACUUUAAAAGAAAUAGAUGUUAUGCUGGAGAUUCUUUUAAAGGGUCAAGAUAGUUCUCCAACAGAGUCAACAGACGAGCAAGUCUUUAUCUCACUUAAAAAGGUAUGA